GUCUGCGCCCUCCUCCCUCCCUCCCUCCCGCCCUCCUUCCCUGCCCGCCUGCCUCCGUCCUCCCUCCGGGCCCCACUUGGCAGCCCCCAGGAUGUCCCUCGGAGCGGACCCCGUUGGAGGGCGAAAGCGAGGGCCAGGGCUCCUCUUCCUGCCCUGAUCCGGGAAGGAAGGAGGGAGGGAGGGAGGGAGGGAAGGAGAGGCGGGCAUGGGCUCCGGCAACGCCACCGACAAGCGCUGGGACAUGGCGGAGUCUGCAUACAACUUCUCUUCUCAGCCUGGCCUGAUGAAGAUGGCCAACUUCACCAAUGACAACAUCACUGAAGAGGGCACUGCCAAAUAUAAGACUGUGGAGAUGGUCUUUAUAGCUACAGUCACUGGCUCACUGAGCCUUGUCACUGUGGUGGGAAAUAUCUUAGUCAUGCUGUCCAUCAAAGUCAACCGUCAGCUCCAGACUGUCAAUAACUACUUCCUUUUUAGUUUGGCCUGUGCUGACCUGAUAAUUGGAGUUUUCUCCAUGAAUCUCUACACAGUCUAUAUUAUCAAGGGCUAUUGGCCACUUGGGGCUGUGGUAUGUGAUCUCUGGCUGGCCCUGGACUAUGUGGUGAGCAAUGCUUCUGUCAUGAACUUACUCAUAAUCAGUUUUGACCGCUACUUUUGUGUCACCAAGCCACUGACCUACCCAGCUAGACGGACAACUAAAAUGGCAGGGUUGAUGAUCGCAGUUGCUUGGAUAUUAUCCUUCAUCCUCUGGGCACCUGCCAUAUUGUUUUGGCAGUUCAUUGUCGGGAAGAGGACAGUUCCAGAAGGGCAGUGUUACAUUCAGUUCCUCUCCAACCCGGCGGUAACCUUUGGUACCGCCAUUGCGGCUUUCUACCUCCCAGUGGUCAUCAUGACUGUGCUGUACAUCCACAUCUCUCUGGCUAGCCGGAGCCGUGUGAGGAGGCACAGGCCCGAGAGCAAGAAGGAGAAGAAGACUAAGCCACUAAGUUUUUUGAAGAGCCCACUAGUUAAGCAGAAUAACAACAAUUCUCCAAAAAAAGCAGUCGAAGUGAAGGAGGUGAAAAAUGGGAAAGUAGAAGAGCAGCCCUUGCAACCCUCAGAGACUACUGGACAUCAAGAGGAGAAAGAGACUUCCAAUGAAUCCAGCACAGUAAGCAUCACCCAGACCAAUAAAGAGAAGCAGGCACUGGAAAUUGUGCCAACUGAACAAGGACAAAGCCCAGCCCCUCCAAGGAUAAACCCUGCCUCUAAGUGGUCAAAAAUAAAGAUCGUCACUAAGCAAACUGGUUCAGAGUGUGUCACGGCCAUUGAGAUUGUGGGAGAAAAAGAAGCCAGUUCCAAUGCAAUUACCUUGGCAAACAGCCGUCCGGCUAACGUAGCCAGGAAAUUUGCAAGCAUCGCAAGGAGUCAAGUCCGGAAGAAGCGUCAAAUGGCAGCUCGGGAGAAGAAGGUCACCAGAACCAUCUUUGCCAUCUUGCUUGCCUUCAUCCUGACAUGGACGCCUUACAAUGUGAUGGUCCUCAUUAAUACCUUCUGUGAUUAUUGCAUCCCUGAUACAGUCUGGUCCAUUGGGUAUUGGUUGUGCUAUGUCAACAGCACCAUUAACCCUGCUUGCUAUGCCCUUUGCAAUGCCACAUUCAAGAAAACCUUUAAGCACCUUCUCAUGUGUCAGUACAGGAACAUCGGCACAGCGAGAUAAUCUGGAAUGUAGACAGACAUCGUUUGGCAGAGCUGUUGCAGAGACUUGUUCUCCUGUUCUCCAGACAGACAACUGUGCAGUUCUUACUAUUCAAUUCCAGAGGAAGCCCUUCUUUUAAAAAAAAUCACAGCAAAGCCAGAUAAAGAGAUAAAACACCCACACCUUUCCUCUUUUUUAUUUGCUAACCAUGAAGCAGCCAUUCCAGUCUAUAUGGCCCCUGAUCUGGUCUCCAGAAAAGAAAAAGAGUAGGAAUUGGAUGCUGUGAUACAGUUUAAUGGGAGAGGCAUGCUGGAUCCCUUUCCCUAACUCACUACUCUUGAAAUCUUGGUGAGAUUUGAAAUCCCCUUCCAUUCUCUGGAAAUAGCCAGAUAUAAGGAUAAAACCAGCUGGAGGUUAUGCCAGUGUGCCAAAUGGGACAAAAGGAUGGUAUGUAAGAGAACUUACCCCUUUUUCCUGAAGGCUUUGCACUUGUGUGUGAAUGAGAAGAGGCUGUGAAAGUGAAUUGGAAGUUGCCAGUAGUGCUAAUUAAUUCACACCCAAAAAUGAAUGUGAAGACAAAAAGGGAUUGUCUCGGCACCACUUCUCAAGAUUCUCCUUGGAACAAGUAAUGGGACAUGCCCAGGAAAGGUGACCGGCCAAAGUAUACUUUAAUAAUGUUUUAGCACUUUGUCCCAGUUGAGUUCUCAAUAUGGCAAGUUCAAAGGACUUGUUCCCCUCAGGGAGUAUUCCUGCAACUGGACCUACCUGCCUGCUAAGAGACUUCCUGAGAAACUUAGCCUGUCUUCAUUCCCGUUCAUGGAAGGUGGGUGGCUAAACAGACAGCUGAAUGGGAGAGAUUACUUUCUGCAUCGAAAUAAUCACAACAGCAGUCGUUUUGGAAAAAAAAACAAAGACACACACAUACAUUGUUUGACCCAUGCCAAAUGAAUACUUAUGUCAAGACAUUUGUGUGUAUGGUUGAGACACUUGAUGUGUGACUCUAAGGAAAAUUCGACCCAAAAGGUCUGUCAGAGUGGAAGAUUCCAGCAUUGGGGAGUUUUGCAAAGGGCAUGUAAUCUUUGUAAUGUACCCAGGACUCCCUUUCGUUUUUUUGUUGCUCUUUUUUUGGUAGGUGUCCCCUGCGCAAUGUUUCCUCCCAGUUCCAAGAUUAUUUAAAGGAAAUGUCCUUUACUGACUAGAUAUUUUGAUUCUGACAGCUGGUUCCUAUAUGUAGGGGGUGGGAGAAGCACAAUAGAGGCCUCCCCACUUCGCUGCUGCUCCAAGUGUCUGAGGGCAUACCAAGAGAAGAUAGCCCCUGAGCUUUGUAAAUGGAUGUUGACAUCCCUUCUAGCCAGUGUUGUCAUGGGAGCCCUCAGCAUGUGGGCUCCAGUGUAAGUGUAUGGCCUAAACCCCAGAAUAUUAAUGUUCAGCUUUCAAUUCAGUCCAACUAUUGCUCCGUUUCUCUAGAUUUCGGAUAGCACCAGUACCCUCAGCGUGCUAUCAAUGUGAGAUGGAAACCAAUGGCCUAAAGUUGACUGGGGUGGGGCAGGGUGAGCACUAAAGUGUGGAUGAAAUCUCCAUCUUAUGGUGAAGGCCUCUCAGUUUGGGAGAUGCCAUUGUAUUCGGUUGCUGCUUCAUUCCAUUCGGGAAAAGGCAGACAUAAUGCCAUUGCCUUUGGAAUAAUUUGCAUAAUGUUUCCCAAAAAUGCCUUGCAGGUUUUUUUAUUGUUAUACCUACAGUGGAGCCCACUUAAAUAAACAAAGUAAUUGAA